AUGGCCUACACCACCCUCUGGCGACGCCUCUCGUCGCGCCAGCUCAAUGUCGCCAUCCAGGUCUUUUCGCUCAUCUGCAUCUUCUUCGAGGGCUACGACCAGGGUGUCAUGGGCGGCGUCAAUUCCUCACCCUACUAUGUCACCGAAGUCGGAAUUGGCGAGCCGGAUGGCACGGUGACCGACACGACGCACCAGGGGGGCAUUGUCAGCAUCUACUAUCUCGGCUGCAUUUUUGGCUGCUUCGCUGGGGGCUGGUUGGCCGAUCGCAUCGGACGCAUCAAUGGGCUGUUCAUUGGUGCCGUUUUCGCGGUCGUUGGCGGUGCUCUCCAGGCGGCGAUUCAAAGCUCGAAUUUUAUGCUGGUGGCGAGAGUCGUCACGGGCAUUGGGACUGGAGCCUUGACUGGAAUCACCCCGGUCCUGGUGUCAGAAACUUCAUCCGCCGGUCAUCGGGGUGGCUUCCUGGGCUACGUCUUUAUCGCAAACUACUUGGGAAUCUCGGUCGCAUACUGGUUGUCUUUCGGCCUCGCCUUCAUCAACAACGGCUACUCGGACAUCCGAUGGCGCUUUCUCCUCGCCUUCCAAUGCAUCCCGGCUCUCCUGCUGGUUGCCUUUAUCAAGAUGCUCCCCGACUCUCCGCGCUACUACGCAUCGGUCGGCCGCAACGAGGAAGCCAGAGACUUGCUGACCAGACUUCGAUCCCACAAAGCGAGUCAGGCCGAGAUCGAUCACGAGUACCUGGAGAUAGUCGCGAUGGCUAAAGAGAGCCAGCGCAGCUCGCCGAUUCAGUUUGUCAAGAUCCUGAUCGGAAAAGGAGGGCGACCGGGGGCCAACCUCUGCCGACGCGCCUGGCUGUGCGUUUGGCUUCAGAUCAUGGCCUCCUGGACUGGCAUCACGGCGAUUACUGCGUAUUCGCCAACGCUCCUCAGCCAAGCCGGCUAUAGCAACCUGACCCAAAACGGCCUCGCCGGGGGCAUCAACACAAUCGGCAUCAUCGGCACCAUCAUCAGCGCCCAAAUUGUCGAUCGCAUCGGGCGCAGAAUGUGCUUGAUGUGGGGUGCCUUGAGUCUCUUCGCUGUUGAAAUCGUGGCCGGCUCCGUCUACGAAGCCUCCCUCCACAACCCAGCAAAAGCAUCCGACUACGCCCCAGCAGCAGUGGCCAUGCUCUUCCUCUUCAACCUCGGCUACGCCGCAACCUGGGGCACUGUCGCGUUCCUCGUCCCAACGGAGAUCUUCCCCUCCGACCUCCGCGCACAGGGCAACGGCUUCGGCAUCACGGGCUGGGCGAUUGGCGUGGGCAUGACGACGCUGGUGAAUCCGAUCAUGUUCGCCAGUCUGAAGAGCCGGAGCUACUUCCUGUUAGCUGGGUUGAAUCUCCUCUGGAUCCCGAUCGUGUACCUGUUCUACCCGGAGACGCGCAACCGGUCGCUCGAGUCGAUCGACGCUUUGUUCUCGACGCCCAGUCCGUUUUACUGGGAGAUGGAGCGCGCGUAUCGGUUGCACAGCGAUGUCCUCGCUGAGAAGGGGGUUACUGCGUUUGAGGAUGAGGGAGGGAAGGUGGAGGAUAUUCAUGAGCGAGAGGGGCGUUAG